ACCGGCCACUAUGUACUCGUGCGUUAGGGGCGCGACUGAAGUGCCGGUCCACCUGCGCGUGCUGCAAUACGCACGCCUACAUUUACGAGGUGCAUAGGAGACGAGCCGCCCCAGCCUGACGGUUGGGGAGCUUGGAGUGGAGAUGUUCACGGGUGUAACCCCUUGGGAUGCCCUGUCCGCAACCGUUUCAGCUGCAGCCCGCAACAGCCCAUACAUACCGGCCACGAGCGACGGGUUGUCUGCAGUCGCCCAGUCCGCAGCCGAUAGCGGCAAUACUACGAUCAGCGUUGCCCGUACCAAACAAACAAAAGUUCCAGCCCGCUGCCACUGCAUUUCACAAGGCAAGGACUUUGUGCGCGUGGCCGUGGGUCGCCAGGUCUGCGGCGACGCUGACCCACAUGAGCCAAAUGAAUCAGCCGCGGGCACCAGCAGCAACAGCCGGGCCCCCCGCUCGGAGCUGUAUCCGCUGGAGUGGGUGCUGGACGCAGCGCCCAGCGAGGAGCAGUGGCGGCACGCGGAGGCGGAGGCGGCGGUGCGGCAGUUCACCGGGCAGGAGCGACCCCUCACGCAAACAGAGGUGUUGGUGGUGUUACAGCGGCUGGUGCAGUUGGGCGAGUGCCUAGACGUGCUUGGGCGGCACGACCGGCGGCAGCAGCGAAGGCGACAGCGCCAGCGACACCUACCUGAGGAGGCUGACGCGGGCGUGCGUGCGGCCGGGGCCGCUGGCGCAGCGGCAGCAGCGGAGUCGGCGGGCGCAGCCGACAGUGACUCGGGAGAUGCGGAUACGACGGCGGCGGCGGUGGCGGCGGCGGCAGAGGCGGAGACCGCGGCGGCGGAGCUGUUACGUGAGGAGCUGUUUCAGCUACUGAUCUGCGGUCCCAAUCUGCCGGCGCACAUAAAACGUGAGAUGGCACAGCUGCCGCGGUGGAGCCGUGUCGUAAUGGAGGGGAUGGCGGCGAAGGGCGUGGAGGUGAUGGCGGCGCCGGAUGGCGGCGGCACUGGCGCCCCCGAGCUGGUGGCCGUGCCUGCAUGUGGGGAACCUGAGGACACUGCCGGACUGGAUACGUGGUCCUGGGCGGAUGACCCAAACCACCCACAACCCCGGCGCCAGCGGCGGCCCCGGGCACGGCAGGCCGCUGCAGCUGCCGCUGGGGUGGCCACGGAGGCAGCCGCUGCUUCCGCCGGUACGAACGGCUCUGCGGUAGCGGCAGCGGCAGCAGCGGGAAUCGGUGGCGCUCUGACGCACGCCGCUGGGCCCGCGGCGGGACCUGCAGCUGGCCCCGCCAGUGACGCAGGCGCGCGCGGCGGCGGCAUGGCACUGCCCCUGCGAGCUGCGGGCGCUGCUACGCCUGCAGGGGCGCCGUCGACAGGGGCAGCAGCAGGAGGGGCAGGAGCAGCAGCAGGAGCGGCGGCCGGGACACGUGCAGGGGGUGGAGGGCUACGAAGCGCGUCAGGGGCAGCUGGAGCGGCAACAGGGGCUACAUCUGCAGCGGCAGCGGCAGCGGCUGGAUCGGCGUUGAGGCGCAACGCAGCCGGCGCAGGAGCUGCUGCUGCGGGCGUGGCUGGGCGUGCUGCGGGUACCCACCCGCUGCUCAGGAGGCAGCCGCAGCAGCACCCGUCACAGCUGCAUGUGCGCGGUGGCAGUGCCGGGACCCAGCUCGGCGCCCAGCAGCAGGGGCCAGCAGCAUCAGCACGCGCCCUACCUCCCCCUACUGCAAGAACGCAACUGCGCCGGACUGGCUCGCAACAGCAGCCGCCAAAGCAGCCACAGCAACAGCGGCAGCAGCCGCAACAGCAACCGCAGCAACAGCCGCAGGUGACGCCAACUGCGGGCCUGGCGGGGGCGCGUGUUGCAGCUGCGGCGAAUCAGGGACAGACAGCACAGCCUGCGGCGACGGUGGCUGCUGGCGGGCCCCCGGGCGUAGCGGUGACGCGGGUGCAACACGCGCUUCGCGCCACUGCUAGUACGGAGCGACAUCAGGAGCAGCAGCAUGGGCAGACCAGCACCCCGCGCAACCCGGCCUCAUCUCGGCAGGCGCGGCAGCAUACGGCCGUCACGGCCGCAGCCGCAGCGCCGCCUGCGCCUGUACGACAGCGGCCUGCUUCUGGCGCCGCUGCCCCGGGCAGGUCUUCAGCGCGGACGACCAGUCAAGCAGCUCGCAUGGUGGUGGCGGCGGCUGUGGCAGGGGCUCACCGUGAGGCUUCGACAGGUGCGGGCGCGGCGGCUGCGGCGGCUGCGGCGGCUUCCGCGGGCACUGCUGCAGGUGCCACGGGUCCUACCACCCCAGCUAGGAGCGGCAACAUCGCUAGAUUCGCUGGCCUUCCUGGCGCAGCGAAUGCUGCUCAGGCUGUUGCCAGCCGGAAACGGUCCAUUGCCUUCGCCAGGACUUCUGUGCAGGAUGCAACUGCAGCGACGGCAGCGAAGCGGCCUCGGACAGCGGACGGGCGUUCGGCAGGGGUCCAGCAGCCGGGCAGGGCAGCUGCAGGCGCGGGUGCGGGUGCAGCAGCAGGUGCCGCAGUGGCAUUGACAGAAGGCACGGCGAUGCGCGGGACACAGGGCGCUUCUGAAAGCAGCCGCACCGCUGGUGUUGCUUCAGGCGGCGGCACAGGCGGCGCAGGUGCCUCUGCUCCACCACACACACCUUUCGCUGCCGCUGGUGCUGCGGCCGCUGCCUCUGCUGCCGCCGCUGGCACCCCUGUCACGGCGACGCCGGCAACAGCCGCGGCAUCGGCAGAAUCGGCGGCGGCAACAACCGGAGCCACGCCGUAUGGGUCCGCAUCAGGCAGCCAUAAACGCCAGCUCGAGCGGCUCAGGAGCGGUCGUGGCAGCGGAGUGCUGGAGGCCGGUGCGAUUGCGCCCGCUGGGGCCGCUGGGGCUGCCACUGUGGCUUCUGCGGCGGGGCCGCUGGAGGCGCAGCCUACGCUGCCUGCAGGUGUAUCGGUGAUCGUGCAUGAGAGCGCCCCGGCCGUGGUCGUUCCUGCGCCUGCGGCGGUGCACACGCGCGAUGACGUGACGGGGUCACGUGGUGGCGGCACGGAGGCGGCAGUAGUGGCGGCAUGGGGAGUGGCACAGCCAGCUUCCGCCGCCGCUGUCGCUGCAGCAGCGCUUCCUGACACCAAGCGGUCAGCGAACUCGGGCACGGAUGGCUCUGCGGCUGCCGCUGCUGCCGUGGCUGAUGCGGCUGCGGCGACUCAUGCGGCUGCCGCGGCUGAUGCGGCUGGUGCGACAGCUGCUGAGGCGCUUGUUGAUGGAGCAGGGCAGCCGCCAGCGGUGAAGCAGGACGCCGCCAAAGGCACCGACACCACACCGCUGCCGCUCAGCCGCGUGCCUUCUGACACCGGUCGGCACAGCACGGCCGUUGUUGCCUUGCCGGCUCGUGGCGGCUGGCAACGCAUAUUUCUCGAGCCGCUGCAACAGGUGCCGCCGCCGCCGCAGCAGCAGCAGGAUCCCUUACAGCAGCAAGAGCCAUGGCAGCAGCAGCCGCUGUCGCAGCAGCCAGUGCCGCAGGCACCGCAGCCGCAGCAGGCGACACCACAGCACGGCGACGCGCACGACAGCUGCGGUGCCAGCUCAGCUCACGUCAAGCCGGAGGCCGCCGCCGCAGCUCAUCGCCUUGCCGCCGAGUGCAAGCCGUCAGCGCCGGCUGCUGCUGAUGCUGCUGGCGCGAGUGGGGGCACGGCACAGGAUGCCGCUGCACUCGCGGCCGCGGCUCCAGCCGGCACGGCGGCUGGCGCGGCCGUUGCCGCCGGCUUGGAGGUGCCUGAUGCUACGGCUGCGGCUGAUGUGUGCGGGCCGGAGGAGGGCGGCGCAAGCGGCGCUGCUGCCAUGGCUGAGGCAGGUGCUACCGCCUCCCCUGCUACCGGACCUCCACUGGAAACGCCCCAGGCGGGUGCCGCUGCCAGCGAGCCUGGCGAAGGCGGGUUGAAUGCGGUGGCACAGGCGUCGGCACCGGCUUUGGCACAGGCGGUGGCAAAGGCCAUUGCAAAGGCGAUAACAGAUGCAGUAGCACCGCUGAUAGCAAAUCCCGCAGCGCAAGCGCAAACGCGUGCCGCUCCUGCUGGGGCGGACUUCGACGGCGGAACGGGAGCCGGCAGUAGCACUGCGGCGCCAGCCGCCGUGUUUGCAGAAUGCAUCGGAGCGGAAACGGAGCCGCAGCUGCCGCUACCCCACCUGCGUGCAAGGACUGCUGGCGCAACGCCAGAGCCUGCGGCUGAUCCCUCCGCCGCGCCGGCAGCUCCAGCACCAGCACCAGCACCAGCACCAGCACCAGCACCAGCACCAGCACCAGCACCAGCACCAGCACCAGCACCAGCACCAGCACCAGCACCAGCACCAGCACCAGCACCAGCACCAGCACCAGCACCAGCACCAGCACCAGCACCAGCACCAGCACCAGCAGUAGCGGAGCUGCCGCCUCCUGGGCCAGUGCGCUGGCUGGCGCUCGACACCGCUCUCAACGCCGAGCCACUGCUUUCGCCAGCUGCAGCCAUGCACCCUGCCACGCCCGCUACGGCCACGCCAGCUGCCGUGGACGUCGAACCGGCAUCAGUGCUAGCGCCGGCGGCCGCGGCCAUGGGGUUUGGGACGGAGCCGUCCCAGCGGCUCCUGCCGCGUAUUGGCCAGCCGCCAGCAGUCGCGCCGGUGCUGCAAGGCGCUCCCUUCGGCAUGCAUGCGCCCACGAACCCGCUGGCUGCUGCUGCUGCUGCUGCCGCCGCCGCCACUGCUGGCCUGCUGCAGGGUGGUGCUACCCGGCCACAAGCAGCAGCAUUCGCCAACGCAGCAGGAAGCAUUACCGGACCGUCUGCGGCGGCUACGGCGGCGGCACCCGUGGCGGCAGCCGGUCUAUUCGGCGCCGGCAGCGGCAGGGCUGGUAGCGCCGGCGUGGAGCGACAUGACGCCGAUUGCAGGGACGUCAGUGCGGGUGGGCGCCCACUAGGUGGGUCCGCGGCAGCGCCCCCGCCACGCGCCGGCACUCCGUGCUCAGGUGCCGUCGACAUGGCUGAGGGUGCGGACAUUGAAGGCGAGGUGGCAGCGGCUGGCCACGCCGCCACCGGGGACCAGCAGGCCGCAGCUGCCGAUCGCGAAGCCACCGGAGCACGAGCAGCUGCCACGUCGGCAGCUGCUGCCAGCGCCCCGGCCGCAACGGACGCUGUAACGGACUACACCGACUACGCCUACUGCGUGGACCCAGACGACGACCGGUCCUGGGACAAUGCAGAGCUGUGGCCGCUGAGCGAGCGGCACGCUUGCCUCGGCACGCCCGCGACCCCCAAUGACAGCGUAGGAGCGGCCGGCGCCGCGCCGGCGCCCGCCGCGGACACGGCGCCCAGCAGCGGCACGCUGUGGCAGUGCUUCGGAAUGAACGGCAGUUCAAAAGAGGAGGAGCUGCGGCUGGCGGACUGUGAGCGCGGCAACGGCAGGCCGCUGCCACCUGCAGCAGCGGCGGCGUCAACGGCGGCGCCUGCGCCAAUGACGCUGCAGGGGCACACGAGUGCGUUUGGCGCCACUGGCUCGGGAGGCACAACUGCGGUUGCGACGCAGCUGCUCGCUGAUGAGUGGCCAGUGGGUGCAGCACGCACCGGGAGCAGUGCUGCAAGCGACAUGGAAGGCGUGGUUACGCCGGCGCAGCCGCCACCCAUGGCGACGGCGGCCGCGGGGUCGCGCAUGGCUUGGCCGUGCUACGGCACGCGCAACCUACCGUACUACCCCACGCACGUGACCGGAGGCAACGAGAGGGCGGGCGUGGUCGGCGCACACACCCACCGCAUCAUGUCUUUCUCCGCAAUGUCACCCACAACCAUCUUUAACAAGAACGGCUGGUCGCAUGAGGAGCUGCGGCUUGCUGACUACAAGGCCUGCACCGGCAAGCGGCCGCCGCUGCCUGCGCCCAAGCUGCAGCAGCCGGUUCGGCCGGCGGCGGCCGUUGCGGCAGGAGGGCGUACGAGCUUGCCGGGGCCAGUAGCCCAGGUGGUUGGCGGUCAGCCCCCGCGCUCGAUGGCGCCGGUGGCAGCGGCGCUGGCAGCUGAAGCGCCGGCCACGCGCGUGGCAUCAACAAUAGCCGAAGCCGCCGAAGCAGCAGCCCCGGAAACGUCGGACCUCUGGGUUCGUACUGUACGCGUUCUGUACAAGAGGGGUAUAAUCACUCGGGCGCGCUACAAGGAGAUGCUGGGCAGGAGCCUUGGUCAACAAGGCACGGCCGUGUACGACGGCGGCCGCGUCGGGCAGGAUGCACAGGCAAGCAAGGACGAGGACGAGGAGGAGGAAGAGGAGGAAGACGAGGAAGAGGAGGAGGAAGAAUCGCCACCGCCUCGGCCUAACAAAUUCAGACUGCGUCCGCCUGAGUUCCGGUGGGGCCGCGCCGUCCAUCGCUACCUGUUGACGCAGCCGGACCUCCGCGCCUCUUACGGCGACUUGCGCAGGACUGGGCGUGCAGUGAGCGCCAAGCUGCUGGAGUCUUUUGAGAUGCAGCCGGGCGCCUCGCGGAAGCAGCACACCGUGCAGUUCCUCGCGCGCUUCAAGCGCUGGUGGACCGUUGAGCGCACCUUGCCGGGCGACGAGGACGUCUGCCUACUGCGGGCACGCAAGCCGCGCGGCGCCGCGGCGGCGGCAGCACGCAAAGCGGUGACGGCCGCCGGUGCAGCAGGCGUUGCGGGCGCGGCGGGAGGUGCCGUUUGCACAUGCGCAUAGCGCGCAUGAUGUCGGUUGUCAAUCGUGCUGCUGUUCAGGCGUAAGCAUGUUAUGGUAAGUACGGUCAGCGUUCUCAGGUGGCUACGAUGGGCAUUGCACGACGGUGUUGGUGUUGACCGCUGUUGAAUUUUAUGAUAUAGUAUGCAAGUCGUUGGGAAGACGUUCAUAGCUGAUAUGGAAUACGAAUAAGAACAGCAGGAUGCAGUGUGCGCGGGUCGGCAGAGACAUGUUGGGCGUAGCAGGCGUGCGUGGCAGGACAGAAGAACGCAAGUACUGUAUGUCUGUAUGGACGGACUGGUUGACGUGAGCGGCGCUGAAUCUAAGUAGAGAUUUCGAAGUGGGAUUUUGAAGCGCUCGAGACAGGUGUGCAGAGGGUGGUUGGCCACCUGCACUCGACGGGCGAGGAUGGGCGGAAGAUGGCUUGGUGCGUGCGCGUGGCGUAUGCGGCUCUGUCCCGUCACG